CCAAACAUUCAUUUAACUAAUUUAGCUUUUUCCUUCAAUUUAAAAAAGGGCCUUAUUUUUGUUCACAAAGUAGAGAAACCACAAUCGAAAAUAAGAGAUUUUAAAAGAGAAGAUAAUGGGUAUCUCAUGCAUUCUCGAAUCUCUUGAAAUUACGUGUACAGUCCCUUAAAUAAAUAGAAAUAUCAGAAAAUGGAAGAAAGAAAAUAUAGAGAAGUAUUUGACAGUUUGGAUUCUGGUCGGAACGGGACUAUUUCUGUCAAGGUUCUCCAGUACGCUAUGAGAAGAGCAGGUCAUAAUCCAACUGAUAUUGAGGUUCAAGAUCUAGUAAACAAGAUAGAUACAGAGUCUGCAGGUUUACUAGUGUUCCAGGACUUCCUUGAAUUACUGCAGGAGAGAGGAGAACUAGAUGUAGAAUUACAUUUUAAAGAUACUUUUAGAGCAUUCAGUAAAGAUGAGGAUGGUUGUAUUCCAGCAGAAGAACUAAAGUUUGUCCUAACUAAUCUACCAGGGAAGGUUCCUGGAAAGGAGAUAGAGGAGAUGAUUAGAACUGUAGAUAGGAACGGAGAUGGGAGGAUUUCUUACUCUGAGUUUAGGGUAAUGAUGGGCGGGUUCCCCCUGAUUGUACCGAAUGACCCCGUCAUGAAGAUGAAGAUCGAAGAGAAGGUGCUUAACAGGCUCAAGAGUCAUGAGAACAUGGAGAACAUUGAAGAACCGGAGAACCUAGAGGUCAUAGAGAACCAAGAGAACUUGGAGAACUGAGAGAAUAAGGAAAGCAUGGAGAAACUAGAAAAUAAAAACGGUCUUGCGACUAAAAUAAUCUGAUUGAAAUACACGUUGAUGUAAAACUA